AUGAACCCUAACAAAUCCCCUUUUGUUUCAUCAUCGCUGAUCAUCACUGCCUUCUUGCUGUUCGCCACUUUCGAUUUCGGGGUUUGCAGAGUUGAAAAAGGUAUGAUAAGGUCACAAAAGCUAGGCGGAGUUCGUGAUAUCACGGAACAAGGCCUCAACGGGAUCGAGAUAGAAACCCUCGCUCGAUUUGCUGUCGAAGAACACAACAAAAAAGAGAACUCCCUUCUCAAGUUUUCUAGAUUGAUAAAGGCGAAAGAGCAGGUGGUGGCUGGUAAGAUGUACUAUCUCACAUUGGAGGCAACAGAUGCUGUUGGAAAGAUAAAAGCAUACGAAACUAAAGUUUGGGUGAAGCCUUGGAUUAACUUCAAGCAGAUGCAAGAAUUUAAGCAGGAAAACAGCGAUUUGUUUGUCUGGAGGUCCCACAUAACAUAGCUUUCAAAGUCAUUUUCUCAGGGAACAAAUGAACAUCUUGGCCCUAUGUGGAUAUAUGAAGUGACUAAUCUUUUUUCCUUUUUGUCAACAAUUUUAAGCGACUUGACUUUGUCUUGUAAUGUUUAGUUGUUGUUUACUCUUUUUAAACUGUCAUCACGUGUGCAUGAUUAGAAACAUAGCUAUCAUUCUCACCUAAUUACUAUUUACUAG